AUGCUGUGUGUGAAAGUAGCAAAGUAUUGCGAACGCUAUGACAAGAGUCACUUGGUAGCAGCCAAGCGCAUUCUCAAGUAUCUCACGACUACUAUGAACUAUGGAAUCUAUUUGGAUGGUUCUAACAAAAGGGGCUUAUUGGAUACGCUGAUGCGAGUAAGGCUGCUGAUUUUUACUCAAGGCGAUCGACAACAGCAUAUAUAUUCGAGCGUUGUGUUGUGGAAGUCUAAAUGUCGACCAACUGUUGCCACAUCAAGCACUGAAACAGAACACAUGAGUUUGUACAGUGCGACACAAGAAAUGGUGUGGUUACGGCAAUUGCUAAAGGAUCUCGAAUAUCAAGUGAAUGUUCCUACGACAAUAUAUAAAGAUAAUCAAGGGUGCAUUGCGUUGGCGAAGAAUCCAGUGUAUCACACACGUACGAAACAUGUCGACAUCAAGUAUUAUUCAUCUGAAAGAAGAUCAAUGUCAAACGAGCUUAGUAUUGAGUACAAGCCAACAGAAGAAAUGGUUGCGGAUGCAAUGACGAAGGCAUUACCUCGAGCAAAGCAUGAAGCGUUUGUCAAAGCUGUCAAUAUGAAAUCGACAUCGAGAAUCGAACAUGCACAGCAUGGGAGAGUGUUUAAAGGAGUGAUGGCGCAAUUAGUUUGGAGAACAUUACUCAUGGUUGAUUAUUCUCAUGUUUAG